UCUCUUUAACGUCAUCCCACAGCGCCGGAAGUGGAGGGGCACGGGCGUAGUAACGUGAACGCAUCGGUGUCUGCGGUCUCGAGAGUGAUGAUGCGGGUGUGCUGGUUGGUGAGACAGGACAGCCGGCACCAGCGAAUCAAACUACCCCAUUUGGAAGCAGUUGUGGUAGGGCGUGGCCCAGAGACCAAGAUCACUGACAAGAAAUGUUCUCGUCAGCAAGUGCAGUUGAAAGCAGAGUGUAAAAAGGGAUAUGUCAAGGUAAAGCAGGUAGGGAUCAAUCCCACCAGCAUUGACUCAGUCAUAAUUGGGAAGGACCAAGAGGUAAAGCUUCAGCCUGGCCAGGUUCUCCACAUGGUGAAUGAACUUUAUCCAUAUAUUGUAGAGUUUGAAGAAGAGGCAGAGAGCCCUGGCCUGGAAACACACAGGAAGAGAAAGAGGUCAGGCAACAGUAAUUCUGUAGAAAGGGAUGCUGCCCAGGAAGCUGAGCCUGGGACAGGGCUGGAACCUGGGAGCAGCCCUAGCCAAUGCUCUGUGCCCCCAAAGAAGGGAAAAGAUGCACCUACCAAAAAGGAAUCACUAGGCCAUUGGAGUCAAGGCUUGAAGAUUUCUAUGCAGGACCCCAAAAUGCAGGUUUACAAAGAUGAGCAGGUGGUGGUGAUUAAGGAUAAGUACCCUAAGGCCCGUUACCACUGGCUGGUCUUACCAUGGGCCUCCAUUUCAAGUCUGAAGGCUGUAACCAGGGAACACCUUGAACUCCUCAAACAUAUGCACACUGUGGGGGAAAAGGUGAUUGCAGAUUUUGCUGGGUCCAGCAGUCUCCGCUUCCGAUUGGGCUACCACGCCAUUCCUAGUAUGAGGUCCUCUCAGCAGAUGGAGCCAGGAAAUACACAUAUGGAUCCUAAUUCACGCAGACACACAUACAUCUGUAAUUCUGUAUUUAUCUAUCUACCUCUCCAUGUACACCUUCAUGUAAUCAGCCAGGAUUUUGAUUCUCCUUGCCUUAAAAACAAAAAACAUUGGAAUUCUUUCAAUACAGAAUACUUCCUAGAAUCACAAGCUGUGAUAGAGAUGGUACAAAAGGCUGGUAGAGUGACUGUCCGAGAUGGGAUGCCUGACCUCUUGAAGCUGCCCCUUCGUUGUCACGAGUGCCAGCAGUUGCUGCCUUCUAUUCCUCAGCUGAAAGAGCAUCUCAGGAAGCACUGGACAAAGUGAUUCUGCAGAGCCUGAACUUCUGCCUCGAGUGUGGCCGAUUGUUUGGAACCAACUGCUGGCACCUGUUGUGGGUUGCUUGUGAACUUUUACUCACUUCCUGAAGUAAAACAUGCAGCUUUUUUUACAAAGCUUAUUCUCUUCUUGAGUGGCCACAAUGUACGAUGACUUGAAAUGUUCAGGAAUUAGGAAUUUGGGUUUGUCAUGGAUGCGUUUUCUGGUGAGGGUGGCUGGGACAUGCCAGAUCCCCCAUCUCCAGGACCCAUGUCAGGUCUGACAAAUGGGAGCAAAGCCAUGGUCACUCUCAUCUAGUGCAGAAUAUAGAAGCAGAGGUCUGGUUGUAUGUUUCUGUUCCUUGUAUUUAUCCUCCCUUCCUGGAGGCCUGGGGUACCCUUUCAUCAGACUAGCUAGAGUGGUCUCCUAUUUAUCCUGAAGGCACUAACGGGUCUUGUUUUCUGAUCUUAGGCUGUUCUGUAAUGUUCAUCUUCCCUCCUUCACGGGAAGGCUUGCUUUCUCCCGUCCUUCCACCCCUUUCUCUCCAAGAUCAUGCACAUGCUCCCUUCUCAGGAAGUCUGUCUCAUUUGUUUUUUGCUGUGGGCAAAGAGGCUAGAUGAGGGGGUUGAGGGUAGAGUUUUAUUCUAAUCUCAGGGGUUCCUGGCUGGUAAGGAAACACUUGGCCAUAUGUUCAUCGUGGUUCACCUGUCAAGUCCUCUUGCUGGUCUGCUUGGACCUGUUGUCUGAAAAUAAAGUUCAUUUGUUUGAGGCAUCUCUCCUAAGUAGUUGAAGACUAUUGGAAGUUCAGCUGACAAUCACAGAGUAAGUUCUAAUGUAUGAAAAGGUAAUUGAUGAAUAAAAAAAGUUACAUAGAAUCAACUUUAUUUUUCCCUGAGAACAAAUUUGUAUGGAAAAGUU